CUCGGACCAAAUAUGACUUAAUGGUCCAGUCGGAUAAUUGCUGUCCUUACCUAACAGACGCCUCAUUGGCUUUUCUAACCCUAGCUAACGUUCUUUCUACUCGUUACGCAUCCAGCAACGCACUUCAUCAACAAAAAGUUUCACCUUUAUUUCAGGUUCUUCAUCUUUCUCAUCAUGCUUCUACUACUUCAUCUGUAAUCACAUCUCCCAACUUUUAUGGCAACACAAAAUGAAAUUUGAAGAUUGAAUCCUUAUUUCCCCCCUAUUUGAGUCAUCAAGCAUAUGGAAGAAGAAGAAGAAGCAUAUGCAACCUGUCUCUCUUUACAUAAAGCCAGAGCAAGCGAGCAAGUAAGAAGAGAGUAAGUAAUCAUGGAGGAUCUAAAGAAAACAAUCGAAGAGAUCUUCAAUGGCGUGAACCUAAGAGUGAGUAAGGUGGAGGUAGAGAUGAGCGCGAAGAUCGAAGCCAUGGAAGCCAAACUCGAGCAAGCCACCGAGAGAAUGAACGACGCGAUUCUGCGCCACACAUUCCCCGACGAUAUCCGCGAAUCCUUUCCCCGCUUCAACGGAUCGGAUCCGAGAUGCUGGAUCAUCAAGUGUUUGAGGUUCUUCCGGACCUGCCUCCGCUUCAAUGAGCAGCAGAAGACGGUGUACGCUUCCCAGCAUCUCGAGGGCCAAGCUGAGAUCUGGUUCCAGAACUUCGCGAAGGAGGACGAUGAGGUUAUGGAAUGGAAGGGAUUCGUGAGGGCCGUUCUGAGGAGGUUCGACGAGCGAGACUUGUUUCAGGAUUUCAAGGAUCUGAAACAGACUUCAACUCUGAGGAGAUACGUUGAUGAAUUCGAAGCAAUAGUGCCUCUCGCGUUGAUCAUACUUGACGGGUCUACAGAGAAGUUUCUCCUGGAGUGUUUCAUCUGUGGCCUCAGAGAAGAAUUUAGGGCGAAAGUAAGAAUGGUUGAACCUUCUGACUUUCAGGAAGCAGCCAGGGUUGCUCUGCUUCAAGAAAAAACCAGCCUGGCAAUGGCGGGUUGAAGGUGGGCUGAUCAUUGAAUAAUUGUGGCGGGAAUCGAUGAACAUUUUAAACCGUCUCUUUUCAUCCCUUUCUUUGUCCAAAACCUUGCCCAUGGUUUGAGUAAGUGUUUGGUAUGUAUUGGUGACCAAAGAUGUAUCAAAUCAUAGUAUGGUAUUAUCAUGAAUGAAUAAAUUAUAUUUCCUCCGUUCCUUAA